GAGAACAUGGAACAUAAAGAGAGCCUAGGCGCAAGAGUCAAGUCAGCAGCAAAAUUUGAUGGUACAUAUAACCGAGAGUCAAACAGUCAAGGCGCAACCAGCAACGGCAGCUGUGUAUAUAGAAGAAGAUUUAAUGUACGCACUCUAGGGGUCUACGGUGCUACGGGGGGCAUCAAUAAAGCAGCUACUAGUGUAGGUUUUCUCCUGGCAUCAGCGGUGAUGCUAUCUCGCUUCCACUUGCGCGGGCUCAUAUAUCCCGAACGACAACACGGUUAAGUACAGUAGAUGUCUGCAGUUUCCAGUUCGCAGCUACUAUGCCAGAAAGUCUUUUGACUUCUGUUACUAGCAAACGCUCGCAACACUCGUUCCAAGUCCAGCGCACUAAACAGGCCGUUUUUUGGUAGCCACCUUCUACGAUUCUUCGUCAUAACUUUUAAACUUUUCGGGCUGCCCGUUGAUUGGUGUGCGGGGGCAUACACACACGGAUCCGACGCGUUCGCCUCCUGUGCUGACUUGGUCGGCGACUCUCGUCGUGUGGUUAUUUCGGUGUGUAUUAUUGCGCGCUGCUGUGUUCUGUAGAGAGUUCGUUUCAUCAACAUCAUCUUUGCUACAACCUGGGAUCGUCUGCUGUGCAGCUACGCCACUCCUGCCUUCAAGUGCGGAAGAUCAAUUUAGUCAUAAUAGCGAUACGCACAGAAGCGUUCGGAAGUUAUAUUACAUCUGCGAUAUUAUUAACUCUCACACUCUGGUCAACUGUGUCGGAGUCUAGAACGUGCAUUCGACUGCAGUAGUUUUGCAGGAUUUAUUGAAAAUCGUUAAUCUCACACUAUCGUUGUUAACAUCCAUCCGUGUUGUGAGUACAGAAAAUUACCGUUAUACAGAAAAAGUGAUAUCGGACCGAUAGUCCAGAUUUUGCAGACAGGCAAAUAUACCAACCGUGAUAGAGUGCCUUAAAAAGUGUUCGAAUUUGAGAAGACGACCACAAGUGAAUUAAAAAUCGAAAUUGGACAGCUGCCCAAUAACUGGAUCAUCAAAAACAUUCACUGCGAACUCCACGGGAGUGUUUUAUCGCCAUAAUUCUACACACAUACGCACAAGACAACAGUCGCGUAUUGAUCGUCUCCGUCUCCGAGUUUUUGAAGGAUCCGCGCCGGUGCCGCUCGGUUGUGACUAAUCCGAAGUAAGAAGACUAUCAAAAAAACCAAAACCUAUCAAAAAACCAACAUUCAUUUUCACACCAAAAACCAACCAACACAUCACACCCAUCCCAGAUUUUUUUAAACCACCACCAACCACCAACCACCAACAAACAACAAACAAAAAAAAAACAAACAUCCACAAAAAUGUUCGCUGUGAUGCGAAUUGACAAUGACGACCGUAGGUCCGACUUCCGUCGCAAGAUGCGGCCAAAGUGCGAGUUUGUGUGCAAAUUCUGCCAGCGCCGGUUCACCAAGCCAUACAAUCUGAUGAUCCACGAACGCACCCACAAGAGCCCGGAGGUGACGUUCUCGUGCGAAGUGUGCGGCAAAUACUUCAAGCGGCAGGAUAAUCUCCGCUCCCACAGAUGCAGUCAGUGUAUUUGGCGGUAAGCACUACAUCAACUGUACACCAUAAAUACAGACAGACAGGAAAAAAAGAAAGACACAUACAUGUAACAAUAUAAAAGAAGAAGUCUCAAUUUUGUUAAGGUGAAGGAGAAAAAUACAGUUGGAGCCGGAUAGCAAACGAAGAAAAAAAAAAGAAAAUGAAAGUACUACAGAAAUUAGUUGAGCGAAAAAUAAUAAUAAUAACAAACGAUGAUGAGAACAUGUACCCCCAUAUACGUAUAUUAUAAUAUCUUAGAAAUGCGGCUGCCUUCGAGCAUUUAUUUUCGCGAGAAAAAUUCACUGCGUUUGAACAAGACACCGCCCUCUUGGCACGAGGGGGCACCACUAGUGUGCGUGAUUUUUCGAGAAAAGACCUAAAAAAUCAGAACCAUAAUACAGAACAGAUGAAAAAAUUAGCACAGGAACAGCAGAAGUUUGUGGUAUGUAAGCAAGGUUGUACAUAUGUAGUCUCUACUUUCUCGUUAAUUUUUUUUUAAUCUGGGUUUUCAUCUCGGACAUAGUGUUUUUCGUGCUAUGUUCGGUUCAUUUUUUUUCUGUUGUUCAUCGUUUUCAAACACUCACUCACAAGGGAUGAGAAAAAGAAUGGAAGAGCCAAAUUUAUGCAUGACACCCCGGAUUUUUUAUUUGGUUUCUUAUUUCGGCAAACAGACGUGACCACACAGCUAGACAUCACCUGUUUUUUCCUGAAAAAUUUCAGUCGGACACUAGUCACCAAUGAACCACCCAUUUGUCCGUCAAUUUUGAUGCUGUUAUCAUUGAAAGAAUUUUCGAAUAAUUUAAAAUCGUGUAAAAGUCAACAAUGAAACGUUUUUCAAGAUCCAGUUUAUGUGAUGCAAAAUUUUGUACUGAUUUUUAUGUGUACCUCAUAUAUCUCCGGGAAAGGCUGUGAUAUGCGAUAGAUGCGAUUCUCCUGUUUCAUUGUUGAACAAGUUUCAAUGACAUAUCGGCUAAAUGAAAAAAAUGUCAGUAAUCAAAAUUGACACGACUUGGUGUGGAUUCAGCGGAAGACUUAUUAUACACAAACACGUACAAAAAAUUGUUAGCAUAGGGAAUCAUAGGUCGGACAUAUACACAGUGAAAUCCCAUGAACAGUUUACAAGUCUUAUCACAAAUUUGUAUCUUAGACUCUGUCUUUCAAAAGCAGAUAUUAAUAAUUGUGAUCAGUCUUGAAGAGAGCUAGUAUUUUCACUUUUCGCUUGUGUUGGUCAAACAGAAACAAGUAGGACUUUCGUAGCUUACAAUAACUUUAGUAAUUUUUUUUCUUCAAUUCGCUUUCCGAGAUUGCAAUAUAAAUUAAGGUAAAUGACGUUUAUUUCGUUCGUGGAAAACAUACAGUUCAAAGGCUUGAAUGUGAUCAUGUUUGACCGGCCAGCGAAAAAGACACCACCAAAUUAAAACAAUUGGCAAUCUAAGAGAAUCAAUAGAAAAAUAAAUCCAUCUUUUUUUUCUUUUUUCUCUUUCUCUCCUGUCCGCUGUUUUCCAGAUCGAUUCAAACGUAUGGAAUGAACGGUAACAACAACAACCGAGCCUACUGAACACACACAUAAACAAAUAUCGUUUAUAAUUUUCUCACUGUUUCUUCAUUACCACAAAAAAAAACAAUACAAAUACCAAUUCGCAAGAGUAAAGAAGACGAAACAUACUCUAUGGGCGGAAGAAGAUAGCACACAAAACAGCAAUAAACGGAACAAUUGUACAUUUAUCGAAACGAAACUGUAUUGAGGAAACGAGCAAAGUCUUUAAAGUUAAACUUUGAAGACCGUCAAUCAUAAUCAAUUCUACUUUACGAAAAAUAAUAAUUAUUCUUAUUGUAAAUAGCUUCGUGAAGAAAAAAUGCUUUAAAUUUGUUUUUAUUGUCCUAUUUCUAUAUCAUUAUUUACAACCAAAACUAAAAAAAUGCAGUGCUUUACGGUGUUGCACAGAAAAACAAAAAAAAACUUAGGUCACUUUUCAGUAAAGUUUAGAAUGUAUGACUAAUUUAUAUUUGAACUAUUAACAUAAUAUCAUCUUCUAUACUAGAGGUAGAAGACAUAUAUUUAAAAUAAAGCGAAAAGUAUCCCAGUUAAAUUGUAAUUAUUAAUAAUAAAGUAACCAAUAUAACGAAUUUAUUUCCAACACUCCGUAAACUUCUCCAAGUUAGGGAAGUUUUUUGCUGUGAGGAAACUUUAACGUUCAGAUUGUUUUCCCAUCACAUUGGAAAUGUCAAAUCAUCUGUUACACAGGUUUCGCUAAACCAAAACACGAUGCCAUCCGAUCUUCCCCUCAAUGGUCAAAUUAUAAUGGGGUGACAAAACAUCUCUUGUCAUCGUGUACUGGUUUACGAAUGAUUCUUGUCAUCGCGCCGAUUAUAUCCGAUAAAUUUGUUAACAAAAAAAAUGUAAACACAAAGCCGAUGCAGUAACGAAACCCUCCGCAUGGAAAGACCAACUAAGUGAUACUUUUUGUUCUUUUCGGCUCAUCUCGAGUACGUUGUGAACAUGUUGAAGUUUUCUCAAGCGGGCAUAUUUUUCUCAUGAUUCAAUUGAUUUUUCAUUCCUUUUUAUAACCUGAGCUUAGAAUAGAUUCUAGUCUGACAGAGAAGAAAAUACAAGAAAACAGAAGAGUGGAAAUAGAAGCACCCAAACGCACGUUGCACGUGAGCCACGAUUUCUACUGAGUCACUGAAUUCUAUUGAAUAUUAUAUUCACAGCAUUUUGGAUUGCGUUCCUUGGUAGCGCAUUUUUGCUUUCCCGUGCAUCUAUAGUUUUGUCUCCCACAAUCUGUAACAAUGUCCCGGUUGUAAUUUAUGAGAGUGUUUCUUUUCGACUUGAGAGUGUCGCUGAUCGAAAUAACAGCGAAAAUCAAAUAUUUAUUCCUAUGAUAGCUGCUUUUGUCCUUAAUAAACGAUGAUUGAUACUUGUGCAAACGAAUGGUACAGAUGAACCGUUAUGUAACCACAAAAACUGAGUGAUGAAGCAAAUAAGAUUGUACGUUUUUAUUUUGUAAGUGACUAUUUUAUCAUGUAAUGCGUAUACAACAAUGUUAAUAUUUUUAAUGCACAAAACG